GGGGAGGUGACGUCACGUCCCCCUGGCGGCGGCGCGCCGUUUGAGCGCCGGAGCCGCUGGGGAGCAGGCCUCAGCCCCUGGGCGGCUUCCCCUCGCACCCUCUGCCGUGGAGACCUCCGCCCGCCCACCGACCCGCCCGGGCGUGGAGAGUUUCGGUGCCUCCCUGCCACCCUCUCCGGCGUCCUGGUGCCUCUUCGGGCUCGUCCUGCCGGUAGAGGCUGGUGAAUAGCUCUGCCCCGCCCCUGGAAGCACCUCAGGUCGUUUGGAUUGUAGCUGCCUGGGGCUAGUACAGGUGCUAGCCCUGCCUGUGGUGCUUCUCGGAGUCCCAUUGCAGCAGCAGCAGCAGGAAGAAGGAGGUUCCCUGAGGCAGAGCUGUCAUUGUGCCCACGUCACUGCUGCCUGAGGGACAAAUCCUGACUGGGGAGAGACGAUGUCUGCCUUCUUGCACAGGGGAGAGUGGCUAGGGAAGAUGGAGGAAGGCAGAGCAGACACGUGGGAUGGGGUGUUCACCCACCUGGAAAUGCUGGAGGCACAGGCACACGAGGCAGGCAGGAGGCAAGAGGAAAGGCAGCAGCAAGAAGAGAAGCUGGCCAGCUUGAAAGAGAGGGUGGAGGAGCUGAGAAUGCAGAGGGAUCAACUGCGGGCUAAAGUGGAUCUGCAGCAAAAAAAGCAAAGUGGGAAAGAAGGAAUUGUGUCAGAUGCAGCAGAGCCCAGUGCUGGGGCUGUGCUGGAGUGGAAGAUAAGAAGCAUUAAGGGCAUGCUGCAGAUCUUUUACCUCACAGGCAUCAGCGGGAAGCUGACCAAGCGGGGAGUGUGUUUCUCCAUCAGCACAGCUUAUGAGGGCACCUACUUGGAUUCCUACUAUCUGGACCUUCUCACCAAGCCAGCAGUGCGGAUUCACCGCCACUCUGUCCCCAUCUUCAUCCCCCUGGAGCAGAUCUCCAAGAGGUACCUGCAGACGGACAUCAGGCGCUUCUUGUCCGUCCUGUCUGACCACCUCAACGCUUACGCCGGGAGGAAGUACCAGGCAGACCAGUUACAGGAACACUUUUCAGACCAACUUGAAGGAAGCUUGCAGAGGAACUCCCUGUGCAACCUGCUGGUCUUUAACUACAAGAUGCCAAGUGAGGACAAGACCUUUCCCUUCAGCGCCAGGCUGAUCUACGGAGAUCUCUGUUGCAGCCUCCCCACCGAGGUCAUUGUUUCCUGCACAGUGAAGCCUCAUGAGUCUCUAGAGGAGACAGCAGCAGCUCACUCUGAGCUGUUUCGCCACACAGCCCUGCACAAAGUCUUCUGCACCUUCAGAAGUGCUGAAGAAAAGGUGGAUGGAGCACCCUGAACCACCCUGGCUGUCCCCAGCUGCCCUGCCUGCAGGGAAUGAUCUCAAGCUGCAGAUGUUUUCCAUGGACUGCAGCAUUGCUGCUGCUGGGAAAUCCCCCUGAGGAGUGCCCAGCCUCGUUUGGAUCUCCAGAGAGAUGUUUCCUUGUGUCCUUCUGGUGCCUGUUUUUGCAGGUAAUCUUUCCUUGGUGGUGUUGCUGCUGCCUUCAGCUGUGGUUGGUGCUGCAGAAACAUCUGGCAUUUGGAAUCAGAAACUAUAUUAGAGCUCCCAAGAGCUCAAGGUCACUGCUUUAAGAGCAAUGCCCUGUGGGUCAACACUGUGCACUCGUCCGGUGCACCUCAGAAAGAGGGGAGCAAGCACCUCGGGGUGAGCUCCCAGCCCCAUCCUCUCCUCCCAGCUCCAUGAGUAAUCCAUGUUCUGCUUACUAGAGGACUUCACAUUAGAAGGUGGCAGGGCUUGAGGGACAGAAGGGAGGUUUAACUGUUGCCAGCAGCAGCCUCUGGAGGCUGUGUUAAACCUCUCCAGCCACAAACACUGAACUAUCCAAACAAUUUCAACCAGCAGCAGCUUUACACCUCCCAUUUCCUUCCCUUCAGGGGCAGCUUUGCUGGUGUCCCCUUGUGCUUUUAAGUCUUAAAGUUGCUGUUCCAUCACAGUGCCUUAAAAAUCCUUUCAUAAAAGCUCUUUAUUACUGAAAGGAUGGUGUUUAAAAAGCCUCUUUCUGACUUUUAGCUGUGUAACAUGGUUUAGAUGACAACAUUUUCUCCUGUCUCGCUUUUCUUGCUGCUUUAUCACAGUGGGGCUGGCCUACAAGCACUUUACAAUGGUUUCAAUUGUUUCUGUAAUCAUUAGAGCUCCUCAUCCUAGCCAAUCUGUUUAAGGGUAACCUGCAGCUGUCAAAUUGGAGCUCCAGGUAGUGAUUCCUGCCCCUAAUAUUCAGAGUUUCUCACAGAGGGGAAGGCUCAGGGGGCUGACACCUCCACAGCUCAUGGUACUCGUGAGGUUUCACAGGGUGGGCCUUCCCUUGCUGUCUGGUGUUUGGAGAGCCUUGGUCUUUUGAGUAUCUGAUCCUGAUGCAAGUCACUGCCUAAAAAAGCUCAGAUGUGGCUCAUUAAAAGACAAUUUUCAUCGUCAUUCAUAA